AUGGAGAGGGUAAUGAAGGAUGACACCAUCCAGGAGAAGGGCGAGCGCGCCAGGAUGGCAUCUUUUGUUGGUGCCAUGGCAAUCGCGGACUUAGUCAAGACCACAUUGGGACCAAAAGGAAUGGACAAGAUCCUUCAAUCAACUGGCAGAGGGCGGAGUGUUACUGUUACAAAUGAUGGUGCUACUAUUUUGAAAUCUCUUCAUAUUGACAACCCUGCUGCGAAGGUCCUAGUUGACAUCUCGAAAGUUCAAGAUGAUGAAGUUGGUGAUGGAACAACUUCUGUUGUCGUUUUGGCUGGAGAACUUUUGAGGGAGGCCGAAAAGUUGGUCAACAUGAAAAUUCAUCCAAUGACUAUUAUUGCAGGUUACAGAAUGGCUGCUGAGUGUGCCAGAAAUGCUUUGCUACAAAGGACCAUGGACAACAAAGGAAAUACAGAUAAGUUCAGAUCUGAUCUCAUGAACAUUGCUAUGACCACCCUUAGUUCAAAGAUUCUCUCACAGGACAAGGAGUACUUUGCUGAACUUGCAGUUGAUGCUGUCCUAAGGCUUAAGGGUAGCACUAACUUGGAAUCAAUCCAAAUUCUCAAGAAACCUGGAGGUUCUCUUAAGGAUUCCUUUUUGGAUGAAGGGUUCAUUCUUGACAAGAAGAUUGGCCUUGGGCAACCAAAGCGAAUUGAAAACGCUAAUAUUUUGGUUGCAAACACUGCUAUGGACACAGAUAAAGUCAAGAUUUAUGGGGCACGCGUCCGGGUGGAUUCAAUGACUAAGGUUGCAGAUAUCGAAGCUGCUGAAAAGCAGAAAAUGAGAGAGAAAGUGCAAAAAAUCAUUGCUCACGGAAUCAACUGCUUUGUCAACAGGCAGUUAAUCUAUAACUUCCCUGAAGAACUUUUUGCUGAUGCUGGCAUACUCGCAGUCGAGCAUGCUGACUUUGAAGGCAUUGAACGGCUUGCUCUUGUCACUGGCGGUGAUAUUGCGUCCACUUUUGACAACCCAGAGUCUGUUAAGCUUGGGCACUGCAAGCUCAUUGAAGAGAUUAUGAUCGGUGAGGACAGACUAAUUCAUUUCUCCGGGGUUGCAAUGGGGCAAGCUUGCACCAUUGUCUUGAGAGGAGCAAGUGAGCAUGUGCUUGAUGAGGCUGAGAGGUCCUUGCAUGAUGCCUUAUGUGUGCUUUCCCAGACAGUAAAUGACACCCGUGUCUUAUUUGGUGGUGGAUGGCCUGAGAUGGUGAUGGCGAAAGAAGUGGAUCAACUUGCACGGAAGACACCUGGCAAGAAAUCUCAUGCUAUCGAUGCUUUUUCGCGUGCCCUGCAAGCCAUCCCAACAAUCAUAGCUGACAAUGCUGGUCUGGAUAGUGCUGAGCUGAUCUCCCAGCUCCGAGCUGAGCACCACAAAGAGAACAGUACUGCUGGAAUUGAUGUCAUCACAGGCAACGUAGGAGACAUGCAAAAGCGGGGGAUAUGCGAAGCGUUCAAGGUGAAGCAAGCCAUUAUCCUGUCGGCAACCGAGGCUGCUGAGAUGAUUCUCAGGGUCGACGAGAUCAUAACCUGCGCGCCGCGCAGGAGGGAGGACAGGAUGUGAUCUCGUGAGCUGUGUGUUCAGAUGCAGAACUAUGUAUGUUGCCAUGUUUUGAUUUGGGGUAUGGCGGUCCACGAGGUGUUUUGAGUUGACUACAUUUUGAUUGUGUUAUUGACCGACCUCCCCAAGCAAAUGGAACUUGCUUUGAAACUAGCUAAUGUUCCUUAGGCUUUCUCUUUUUUUGUUUGAAAGAGAAAAUGUUCUGUAGGCUUUAUGUUGUAAUACCGUAGCCUUUGGGUAUUGAAUUUCCAUGUGCUUAUCUUAUUUAGUGAUCUGCAGUUGCUCUUGUCGAUGUGGAAUGUAUCCAGGGUUAAUUAAACAGCCAGGUAGAUGGUUAAUGCCU